AUGGCCACUCUAAUGGCACAUGGUUUUGUCCAAAUAUGGAGCAAGAGGAUGGGGAUGUCUACGUCCAAAGAAGCAUACAUCAAAACAGUGGAAAGAAAGAAGAUCAAACUGGUGGUGCAUUUCACCACCGGAGAAAAUAAAACUUUUCAGCUAAGUAAUAAUAUUAAAAAUGUGGUCCUUAGAUCGUAUGGAAAAAAGCAAAAUCACCUGCACUUAACUUUCCAAAACAAUAGCUUCUUGUUUAUUGAAAAAUUAUCUUCCAGAGAUGCUAAACAGUUGAAGAUGUUCCUGGAUAGAGUCCAUCAAAAUAAUAUUCAGCCAUCUGUGAGACCUGUGAAGGAUGGAGGUAUCUUUGCCAGCAUUACAACACCGAAGGUAAUCAAUAAAAACUCAUUCCACAAAGCGCGUAAGAAGCCAAGUAGUGGAUCUUUUCAGACAGGAGAAGGAAGUGGAACAUCUGACCAGAAGAUGCCUUCGUUUGCAUUGAAGUCAUCAAAACCUAGUUGCAAAGAUUUACUAGAGAAUGGAUAUGGGAAGAGGAAAAGGAUGCUAUCAUCUGGUUCAGAGAUGAAUGGGAAGAACCCAAAAAAGAGUAACUCUGUAAGAAAGAAGAAAUCCCAGACAAAUCCCUUGAUGCAUGUAAGCCACAGUGAAAAGAAAAAAUUGAGGUUAAGAGUGUUAAAAAAGGAUAAGAAAUUAGAGUUUGAGCCCUUAAUCAAGACCGUUUCUCCUGAAAAGCCUCCCCUGGAUGGCAAGGGUUUUCUUCAGAUGUUGUCUGAGAAAAUGUAUUUGGCAUUUCUUUUGGCACCAAAGUAUAAUGCAGAUUAUCCAGAGUGGGACAAACUCAAGAUGACCUUUGAUUUCUACCCAGAAAAAUUAUGGCAAGGCCUCCCCAAUUUGGGAAACACCUGUUAUAUGAAUGCAGUUUUACAGUCCUUAUUUUCGAUUCCAUCAUUUGCUGAUGAUUUACUCAGUCAGGAUUUCCCAUGGGGUAAAAUUCCCCUUGAUGCUCUGAGGAUGUGCUUGACACAGCUGUUUGUUUUGAAAAAUAUUUAUAACAUAAAAAUCAAGAAGAGGUUACUUGUGAAUAUUAAAAAAGCCAUUUCAACAGUUGCAGAGAUCUUCUCUGGCAACAUACAAAAUGAUGCUCAUGAGUUUUUAGGCCACUGUUUGGAUCAGAUGAAAGAGAACAUGGGGAAAUUAAACACAAUUUGGAAAAUGAAAAUUGAAUCCGAGGAGGACAAUUCAGCUCAACAGGUCUUUGCUGGCAGUGCUGCCACCAGAGUGCUCAUUUGUCCCGUCAUCACUAAUUUUGAGUUUGAGCUGCUGCGCUCUAUUAUUUGUCAAGCCUGUGGUCAGGUUGUUCGCAAGGCAGAAGUGAGUAAUUAUCUCUCCAUCAACCUUCCCCAGGGAAUGCAAGCUCUGCCUUUGUCUAUUCAAUCUGCUUUUGAUCUCUUCUUUGGAGCAGAAGAACUUGAGUAUAAAUGUGAGAAAUGUCAACACAGGAGUUCUGUUGCAGUGCACAAAUUCAGUAGGCUCCCCAGGGUUCUCAUUGUUCAUCUGAAACGUUAUAUCUUUAACCAGUUUUGGUCACUAAGGAAGGAUGACCAGGAAGUUGUUAUUUCCAAGUAUUUAAAGUUAUCAUCUCAUUGCAAUGAAAGUACCAAACCACCUCUUCCUGUGAGCAAGAAUGCACAUAAUAGGGACUUCCACAUCCUCAAAGUCUUUCAGAAGAUGAGUGCUGAAAACCUCUGUCUAUUAGCACCUUCCACAAAGUUGACCUCGGCAUCUAGUCUUUUCCCGGUUCCACACAUGGGGCCAGACAAAGAGUCUGAACCACAAAAAUGCCAGAUUCUCUAUAAAAGGUCACACAAUGAACAGCAGAAAAAAGACCUGGAAAAAUGUUCCAGACGGAAUAUGACAAAGUCCAAAUUGGUGAACGUAGGAGAUGGAGCAGUCAUUGAAAAAGAGCUAUUAGCCCCUAGCUUAAUGAUGCAUCUGGAAGAAAGGUCCUCUUCUCUGAUCCAUGACAACAAAGGUAAAUCCACCAGGGGUCCAGAAACGUCUAAAAAUCUAAAGCGAAAGAAAUACAAGAAAACUAAUGUGUUUGUAGAUGUUGAGAGUGUCUCUGAUACCACUGAAGAUGUUUAUGGUGGUAAAAAACCCAGAAUUUCAAAAGAAUUCCAGAAAGUGGCUGAACAGACCCAGCAGCAUGAAAGGAUGAGGAUCUACGAACAAGCCCUUCAGCAGGCACUGCUUCAAGCCCUUUUGAAGCCACACACCCGGUGGCACAGGGAGAACCUCAGGAAGCAUGCAGACUUAAGUUUCCAGGGGGCCAAUGUGAAUUCCCUCGGUGCAUCGGGUUCCAAUAAAAAACGUAGAAACAAACAAUUUUUAGAUAUGGAGAAGACAAAAGCUGAAGCCAAGAAACCAAAAGGAAAUGCUGAGAUGAGAGAUCUCUAUGCCUAUCGGCUCAUUGGUGUUGUCAGCCAUCUUGGGAAGACCCCAAAUUCAGGCCAUUAUAUCAGCGAUGCCUAUGACUUUGAGAGGCAAGUGUGGUUCACGUACAACGAUCUCCAGGUAUCAAGUAUCCAAGAAGCUCUGAUGCAGGAGGCUAGGCUUUGCACCGGGUACAUCUUCUUUUACAUGCACAAUGAGAUCUUCGAAGAGCUGUUGAAAAGGGAAGAGAACUCCCAGUCUUGUAGCACAGAGACAGGGGAGACCCUUCAGGAGAAAUAAGUGGAACGGACUCCUGGUUGCACACAUCUGCUUGACUCCUCAUU